AAAUGGACAGCUAUUUGAAGUUGCGUCAAGUGCAGCAUCUGAUGUGAUUAGGAAGAAUUCUUGAAGCAUACACAUAUAUACAUAUAUUUAUGUAAUGUCGACUGUCUACGUAGAUCGUGGGAUGGCUUGGUGUACGGUGGUUGGAGGCUUCGUUGCCAACGUUGUGUUAGGUGGUUUAGGCAAAUCGUAUAGUUUGGUUAUGGAAGCGUUUCAAGAAGUAUUUGAAUGUGGUUCUGCCUACUUGUUUUUAGCUGGUGGUUUAAUCUAUACACUUAUGUAUUGUCUGUCUCUCGUUAACCACUUAAUUUCAAAACGAUAUGGUAGUCGACCUGUUGUGAUGGUUGGUGCUUUUGGCUCAUUUAUUAGUUUAUUAAUUGCAUCAUGUUCACCUAAUCUUGCUCUUUGGGUUGUUGCUGUUGGUUUUGGAAUAGGAGCAUCAUUAUCAUGCAUUUAUUUCACAGUGUUCGCUGUUGUUGGAUGUUGUUUCAAACGAUAUUUAGGUUUAGCUAAUGGAAUUAGUGUUGCCGGUGUUAGUGUUGGUCAAAUGGUAUUUCCUUCAUUGAUUACUACUUUAAAUACUACUUAUGGUGCUAGAGGUGGAGGAGUAAUCAUGGCUGCAAUUUGUUUGCAUUUGCUAAUCACAGCUGCAUUAAUGCCUCGUCAUAUCAUUGAUCCAGAUGCACCUGUUGUACCAGCAGAAAAAGUUGAAACAGGUAAAUCAAAACGAAGAUCUUGCAAGUCACAAUCAAAAUCUAAAGAGGAUAGAAAAUUAAUGGCUUCAGAAGAUCAAUUGGAUGCUGAUAAACAGUAUACAGCCAUUGAUUCAGAUAAGAAGUUACAAAGUCCCGUAGAUGAAUUCUUCUCAAAAUUAGACAAUCAAAGAGAUGUAGUACAUUCAGCGAAUGCCAUUACUUCAUCAAUUAUAAAUUCUUCGUCUACACUAUCAUUGUCCCGUAUAUCUGUCCUAUCAUUAUCAACUCGUCAUGCAACAUACCUUACUCGUAGUUUACUUAUUGUUUAUAUAAUUGGUAAAACAUUUGGUGAUGUUGGUGAUGUGAGUGUUUCAUUUAUCGCACCAGUAUUUGGAACUGAAUUAGCUUUAAGUUCUACCAUAAUCAACAGAGCUAUAGCUGUUGCUGGUAUCGGUGAUUUAAUCACACGUGUGGGAGUUGGUUGGCUAACAGAUAGACCAGCAUGUGUCGGUCGUCGUGGCUUAUUAUUAGCUAUUGUAUGGAUCGUAGAAGGUUUAAAUGCUUUUUUAUUUGCUGAACUUAGCCGAUUAUAUGGAAAUUAUACUACUAUAACUAAUGUUAAUGGUGAUGUUGUUGACAGUAAUGAUAAAACAGUACUGAUAGCAUUUUACUUUAUAUGCUCUGCUAUUCAUGGUAUAUGUAGUGGAACUGCAAUGACUCAAAUGGUUGUAGUUUUAUGCGAUUGGGUUGGUUCAUCACAAUUAGCACAAUCUUUAGCAAUAACUAUGGUUAUUUUAGGAUUUGCUAUAACACCGGGACAAUUUUUGAUGGGUUUUGUUGCUGAUUAUACAGGUACAUUCGUUUGGUCAUUAAGAAUAUGUGGUGUUAUUCUAUUAUGCGCUGGUUUCACUCUUUUCUUAGAAUUCCCUGUUCGUCGAUUAUAUCAAUCUUCAACUAAUCAUCAUGAUAGUAAGAAUAAUAAUAAUAACAACAACAAAGGUAAACCAAUUGAUCAAUGUAUUCCAGUGAAAGAUAUUGAAGCACAAGAUAUCAUGAGUGAUGGUAUUGUAAAUGGUUUAACUAAUGGUAAAUGUCAUUCAUCAAUUCCUAUAGAUAAUAAUUUAAUUCCACUUAUCGAUACAAAUGCACAAAUGACUGAUUAACAGUAUACAACUAGAGUAUAGGUGUUUUUAUUUAGAAUAUUAAUCUUAAUACAACACUAAUCAUACUCAUUUAUUUGUUGUCAUGCCUUCAUAAUAUUAUGUAAUUGAUAAACUACUAUUCUUUUUCUUCGUCAUUUUUACAUCUCCAAAUUAUGGAUCUAAUUUAUUUCUUCUUGAUCAGUUUACAAGUUCAACUCCCUCUUCUUUUUUUUGAGGGGGGGCUGGGAAGGAAUGAUUCUACCAAACAAUACAAUUAUCGAUUCUGUUCUCAUCACAUACACACACACGCGUACGCACGCACAUGACUUAUUUGUGCCUAUCAACUAUUGGUUGUUUAUGUUUUAAUAAUCACUAACCAGUUCGAGUUAUAUAGUCAAUUCUUUUUUCCACUUUUUUUUGUAAUUAAAAGAAACAUUUCCCAUUUCAUAAUUUUUUUUUGUAGAAUUAUUGUCUAAAUCUGUUUAUUAUUCUGAUUUCAUUUAGAUAAAAAGGUUAAUGUAAGCAUAUCCAUACUACCCCUAUGUAUACCUAAAAGAAUCUCUUCUGUUAUGUUACUUAUAGUAAUCUUAAAGAACUAAUUAAUGCUAGGCAUAUUAUAAUAUUCUUAUUUUUUAACAUCACUAAUCAUACAUAACGACUUCUAUUAGUGAGUAUGUUUCUAUGUACAAAUGGAAUAUGUUUUCAACUGUAUCCUGUCUCUCUCUCUCGCGCGCACACACACACACACCUACAAGUGGACGUCAAUACAUAAUCAGUUUUGUUGAUUUAGGUAGACAUUAUCAAUAAUUAGUAAAAUAAAUGUCAUUGUCACAUUGUAUCAUUACUAUUGUUGAUGGUGUUGUUCCCUUUUUUAUUCCCGGUACAUUCAUUUAACGAUUGUAAAUUCGUAUUCAUUAUUCUGUUUUAUUAUUAGUGACAGUAUGUUUUGUAAUACUAUUGAUAAUAAUAAUAAUAAUGUUACUGUAUGUAUCAUGUUAAGUAAAAGUAUGAUUUCACUAGUUUGAUUCGAGUCCCAAACUAGGACAAAACAGUCGUCCAGGUUUUUUAUAGUAGUCUAGCUUUAAUCAACUCAUGAAUUUCAAUUAUUAAAUUGCUACAAUCUCCGCAAAACCCCCUUUCUGAUAUAUUUAUGUAAAUAACUUGUUGUAAUUACCUUGUGAUUGGUGCGUGCUAACGAGUUGGAUGUGACAGUUGACUUUCAACUCCGAGCCACUAGCAACGAAAAGUCUGAUAUGAGUGAAAUGAUCUGAAACUGAUGACACUCAAACUAGUGAUAUUACAUUGAAAAGAGUGUCUGUCGAUGAGCCGUGUUUUUCGAGCAAUGUUUCAGGUGAUGUGUUACCCCACCGAUAUAAAUAUAAAUGUCCUUUACUCCCUGGGUGCAAGAAACUCCAACGAACUACCCUCAAAUUUUGGGGGAGAUGGUAGCCAGCUUCUGUUUUGCGAACUGAGGGAAAGUAUCCCAGCUUCUUGGAAAGAAUCAAUCGUCCCUGUCUUUAAAAUGGACAAUGUAGUCUACGCAACAACUGUAGAGACAUAAAUCGACUUUUGAUCACGUCCACACUAUUGACUUUCCUCACACUUUACACAUAGUAGAGAACCCAUAAAAGACUGACUUGGAAGAAACAGACUGGUUUUCGUUCAGGUCAUGAAUGCUUUGAUCAAAACUUCACCCUCAACCAAAUGUUAGAAUACCUAUACGCUGAUUACAGACGAUCAGUCGUGUUCCUUGAUAGUAGGACUAUCUUCAAUUCCUUGAACAGUAUUUGGACCGUAUAUUGCUAAAGGGUUUACUUGAGAAAUUUAGAACUGCGCGAAAUCACCGUAGGGAGGAUACAACCAUCUCUUCUCAUUGUUUUAAUCCAAAAACGAGGUUAGGUAGGGUCUCCUAAUCGCACCAUUUCUUUUCAAUGUUUCCACCGAUCACAUUUUGGAAAUAGUCUUGAAGGAAGUAAAUUAUACAUGUGGUGAGAAUCUGUUAACUGGUUAAAACUUUACGAUUUUGAGUAUGACAGCGAUAUUGUUUUACUGCACGAUGAUGCGCAAGCUAUACAAGUAACACUUAAUCAGUGUCCAUAAGUGUGUAACAUCAAAACUGCCAUGAAGAUAGAGAUUUGAAUUUAAUUUUUUGAAGCCGGUCAAUUUAUCUCCUGGAUUAAUUCAAAGCUGAACUAAUUUUGUAUUAUUAAAAUAUAGUAGCAAACGGCAGCACUUCUGUCUGAUAUCUGGUCGUAAUGCUGGUUACAGUUAUGUAUUUUAUUUAUUUAAUCACAUAUAUAUUGGUACAAAGGACACCGCAUACAUAUGCGCCACACAAACUAAUGAGAAUGGGAGGAGAAGGAAGAAGAUGCGUAUAUAUAAAGG